AUGAAAGCUGUUGAAUACCUACAGUCUAGCGAUAUUAUAUGUCAGAAAUGCAAAACUGAGCAAGUUAUACUCAAAAAUAGGAGCGAAAUGUACUGUUGCUCCUGUUAUUUGAGGUUCAUUCGAGGUAAACAGCGGAAACAUAUGUCAAGCGAGAAAUAUAAGGUCAACUACAAAAGGCAAGUUGCUAACGAAGGUUUAGAGAAAGUAUUGCUUGCCUUUUCUGGCGGAACGUCUUCUCUAGUUUUGUUGGACGUAUUGGCGAACUUAUUAGUGGAGCAGAAACAAAUGCAUAGAGGGUUACAAGGAUUUGAAUUGGUUGUGGUGAACUUGGAUGAGUAUGAAUUGAAGUCCUUGGAAAAAAGCGUUUCGGGAAUAUUGGUUGAGUUAUUGCAAAGAUUUCCGUCUAUCAACUGUGCUGUCAAGAUUAUAUCGCUUGACUCCUAUAUUGAUUCAACAAGUUUGCGGUCGAUUACUGUUGACCAUGAGUUUACGUCUUUGGAGCACAAAGUAGACGACGACGAAAGCAAUGGUGUUACCCUAAGUCAACUACUAAACAGCUGUUCUAACAAAUCAUCUGCGGAGGAUUUGCUAACCAUUGCUAGUGAGCACUUGUUGUUGAAAACUGCUUUUGAAGAAAAGUGCGGCACUAUUGUUUAUGGUCACUCAAUGAGUCGGCUAGCAAAUGAGGUCCUUUCCUUAACAGUUAAGGGGCGUGGUUCAAUGAUUCAUCGGAAGAUUGUUAAUCGCGUUGAGCUGUAUGGUUGCAAGCAAUUCAGCAUCAUUUACCCGUUUCGAGAUCUUCUUCAAGUCGAGUUGGAAGAAUACGCCAAACUCUCGCAUUUGGAAAAAUAUAUAGUGCGUUCAACCAAUGUCAAGUCCAAAGUGUCCAAAAACCAAACUGUUGGCGAGAUACUCGCCAAUUAUCUCGAAAAUCUUGAUGAAUCGGGGUAUGUAUCGACAACUUCCACUGUAGUGAAGAUUGCUGAAAAAUUGGGGCCGCCACCCCCACAACCACUUUUAUUAGUAAACCCAACGAGUUUAUGUCAGGUUUGUGGUACAGAGAUCUACAAUAAUCCAAAACAUUGGCUCAAGAUGAUAACUGUGAGCGAGCCUGCGCCACUUUUUAGUCAAGAAGAAAAGCAAUAUGCAGCAGAGUACUUUGCAAACCCCAAUGACACAAUUGUUCAAGAUCUUCAAUCAUCUAGUCCAAUUGAUUUGUGUUAUGGUUGCAUUGUGGCAUUUAAUGGAGUAAAAGAUAACAAAGGUCUUGUAUGGCCAGUACAGCCAAGGGGGAAUCUAAACACCAUAGAGAAGGAAAAGGAAAAGGAAAAGGAAAAGGAAAACAUUCUAAAAGAAUUCAUUCUAACUGACAAUGAGUAA